CCAAAACCCAACUAUAAAUUACACCAAAACCCAGCCGCCUUUAUUUCCCCAUCCCAAUAACACCAACUAAUUCGUCUCUCUAUACCCUAACACCUUCCCUUCUUCUCUCUCUCUCUUCUCUCUGUGCAAUGGACAACUCAUCGGCCACCGGCGGGAAGUACUCGACCCAAGCCAUGGUGGACGGCGUCGACCGGCGGACGCCGAGCCAUGAUACUAUUCAUCAACACAAAGGGUUGCGAACCGGCGAGCUGGUUCUGAGAGCUGGAGCCCUGUUGCUAACCUUGGCCGCAGCCAUAGUGUUGGGGAUCAACAAACAGACCAAAACGGUGCCGGUUCAGAUCAUCAGCACCAUGCCUCCCGUCAACGUCCCCGUCUCCGCCAAGUGGCACUACCUCUCCGCCUUCACGUUUUUCGUGGUGUGCAACGCGAUAGCCUGCGCGUACGCCUUCUUCUCUCUCUUGCUGGCCCUGAUCGGAAAGAAGGGGGCCGCGGCGGCGACGGUGAUCCUGGACCUGCUGACGGUGGCGCUGCUGUUCGCCGGGAACGGGGCGGCCACGGCCGUGGGGCUGAUCGGGUACAAGGGGAAUUCGCACGUGCGGUGGAACAAAGUGUGCAACGUGUUCGACAGGUUCUGCCACCAGGUCGCGGCGGCGCUCGGGCUGUCGCUGGUCGGCUCCGUGCUCUUCGUGCUGCUCGUCCUGGUCGCCGUCGUAAGGCUUCACCGGAAGUAUUGAUAUUCCAAUUAAUUGAAAGGACUAGUGUGGUGGUGCUCUUUUUUAUUAUUUUAAUUCUAGUCUUUGUUAUUAUUGUAAGCGUGUGAAUAUAUUUAAUUAAUGUUCGUUUAAGUUCAAUUAUUUGCAGUCUUUUGUCGUGUCUGAGAUUGUGAUGCAAUGGAACUUUACUGGAAGCGGAAACUGGG